AUGCUGGCUUUGGAGAGGGCGGGGUCGUUAUUCACUGGCUGGAUACGAUCAUGCUUUACAUUUUUACCUGGUGACGAUGGUUGUCAACCUAGACAAGCUGGGAACGGCGUUGAACGGGAGAUGAAAAUAUGCCAUACUCAACCACAUCUUGUUCCACCUAUGAAGCUGGUGGUAUACGAUAACCUCCCCAGUCCAAGUGUCCAUCAAUCUCGAAACUCACUGUCAUCAUGGUUCAACGACAGUCGGAACUUGGCGUCGCGAGCCUCUAACCGGGCAAGCAUGUCUUUAAAACGCUCUUCAACGACCCCAUUGAAGAUCAGCGCACCUUCAGACUUUCGCAGAGUGCAAUCGUUCCACGAUCACCCACAUUCAUUCAAUUCUCCGCCACCAACCUAUCAACCAUUGGAUCUCCGCAUUCAUCGAUCAGGUAAUCGAUUGUCUGAAUUACCUUCAUUCGAAACCUUCCAACUAAACGAAAGCCCUCAGCGCAAGACGCUACCGGUACCCCCUCGUGCCCUCACGACUCCGACCAACGUUCGUGAUCGAUAUUGCCAAAAAGCAUUUGUAGUCUCUCGCAAGCCAGUUGGGUCUCAGAAACGCCGAUCACUUGGUAAUAUGGAGUCCCUGCUCGUCGAAGAACCCGUUCGCGCCACUAGUACUCUGGUACCACAUUUCUCCAAGGUCAUCCACACCGAGAAACCUCUCCCAGAAGCUCAGGCAGCAUCUCCAAUCCACGGCAGGUCAAAAUCAGAAGGAAGCAAGGUUACGUCGAACACCCGAUGGCCAAACGACGCAAAUACCACCUGGGGCAGAGUACCUCGGACUCCACCUGCAUCCAACAGUGUGCACAGAGACUCGCCGGAUACAUCCCCAUCCAAGUACUCGGCAAUGUCCAAGGACAGUCCUUCGUCAGCCAGCUCGCGCACGAUGAUAUCACAACCCUCAUCGCGCCGUCCCUCAAUUCCACUUCCCAAGAACCGAGACUCAAUCGAUGCAAUCCCAUUCUCUCUUUCCAACCGCGUAACUCAAUGGAUGUGCCCUACACCCACCAACUCCUCUCCGUUCCCCAGGCAAGCCUCUAUGCCCGGCGAGAAAGGGUUUAAUUGGGAGCGAACCCGCACGCUGAGUGGCACCACAGUGGCUUCGACUAGUACUACGACUUUCACCGGCGGCCCAAGAACACGGAAUAAUGGCUCCAUCUCUAGUGCCUUCUCCAGUGCUAUUACUCCCCGCACCUCAUUCCAAGUCCUCCCGUCUGCUACAGAAAAAGAUCUUGACGCUGGUGUCUGCUACCCGACCAUCUUCGAGGACCAGCAACAGCACCAUCACCUAUCUUCGUAUCAUGACAAUGGACAUGUGCGGUACCAAGAGUCUAGUAUUGGGGUGGCGUUUUAA